GCAGGACUAGCAAGAGUCUUUACAAUUGAGCGAAAGAAGUGCAUGGGGAUUUUUCUGCCUCCAGUACACUAAUAUUAAAAUUUUAAAAAGUUUCUUGCGUCGUCAGUGUUAUUUGAAUUUGGAAAAGCAAGAACUAAAGAUGGGGUUGGAGGCUUGGAUGGCAAUGUUUAUCUUGAGCACUAUCGCUUUAUCAACGGCGACUUUUGUCUCUAACAAGCCGAAGUGUUAUCAGUGUAAAGUAGAACACAACGACUUGUGCACAGACGACUAUCUGAAAAUCUGUCCUGACGACCAGGCGUACGACAGAUGUAUGACGACCAUAAGCAAAACCAAAUCGAGUUUUUUAAUUGAGAAAAAGUGUGCAUUAGGUCCAUGUAAGCUCCGUGACCCUAAACAGACCACUGGACUGGGACUGGAUCACUGCGACAGAAGCAGGCCAGAAUACUCGUGUGUCCAGUGCUGUCAAGGCGACGGCUGUAAUCGGAAUGAAGCAGCCAAUGUUCACCCUGCAGUGGUCACUUUUUUCUUUUUACUUUUCCUAACAAUGGGAAUGUUUUUAUUUCUCCGUGGAUAAAGUAAAGGAAGAAGAAGAAAGAAACGUGUUAUUUUUAAACUAUAGUUGUCAUAGUCAGAUGAAUAAAGAUAUCCAUAAAGAUGCCUUUGAACUUCAAACUUCGAAUUUACUUUUCUGUACUGCGUUCCUGGGAAAACAUGUAUCUUAUGUCUUUCUAAUAACUAUGCUAUAACAAAUGUGUAUUUAACAGUAACAUUCAAAUAAUCGAGUCAUUAUUCUUCACUCUUAUCAAUAUUACAUCUGUAACAUUAAGCCUAGAAUUUGAUACAUGGUUGUCGGUCGAAACUUUCUACUAGAAUUAUCAACAAACUGGUGAUCUCGUUUCAGUUAUAACGUUUUGUCUACCAUUUACAUGGAAUUUCCUGCAGGAUUAAAAUUCCUGUUAUUCAACCCCUCUGAUCACAAGAAAAAGAGACGUUACAAAUCCAGUUCACAUUUCUGCUCUUAAAAAGGGAAUAAAUUAAGAAUUGUUUUUUCUUGAAUACGUUAUACUACUUGCUCACUAGAUGGCGUCCAUAUGGAUUUCUUCUGUAAUUACGACUCGCGCUGGUAAAGUGUAUUUAAGUUUCAAGUCAGUAACAUAUGUUUGAGAGUUAUAUAAAAUUAUAUGCUUGUUUAUAUAAAGUUAUACCAGUUAUUUAAAAGUGUUUUUACUGUACUUCGUAAUUCCACAUUUUCUUGGGGGGGGGGGGAGUCCAUAUGCCUAAUAUGCUUUAGUAUAUAUAUAAAUGGUGUUAGUACUAAGUAUAAUGUUUGGUAUUUUAUUAGUUAUAUUCUUUGGAAUAGUUCUACUAAAAUUGUCGUUAAAUGUUUGGAAGUGACUGCAUGUAUCUAGACUUGGUUCGUAUGUUAAUCAACAUAUUUUAA